AUGAGCAGGUUUCAGUCAAGAACAGAAAAAAUGGUUGCACUUUGUUUAAACAACAAAGCAGCAUCUUUACAGGAAAAUGAACAAGAUACACAUACUAAGGAACUAAUCAUAACUUCUGUACUAUAUACUACACCAACUUCCUUAACGGCAGAUAUUGCUACAUUCGCUGCUCUAGGGAUACUAGGGAAUACUAAGGAUUUAUGUGAAUUGCUACCUGUUAGUUUUGAAUCGCUAUCUCAAGAUUGUCAUGAUGAAUCAGAGAUUGAAGAAACUCCAGCUAAAAAGAGGUUUGUUGACCAUGAUUAUGCUUUGCGUCCUGAACAAGAUAGCAGAAAUACUAGUAAUUUUCAGAGUGAAACAGAGACUGAAGAAACUCCUAAAAGAAAAUUAUUUGACAUACAUGAUUUUCACACACCUAGCCAAGCCAGAGGGCCAAGGAGAAGUAUUUUACACAGUAUAAAUGUGUCAAGAAAGCAGUACUUGACCCAAAAAAAAGAAAAUGUAUGCCACAAUCAUAGAAACUAG